AUGGACAGAGCAGAUUACUUCAAGAAGAGGGGCUCCACUGUGGAUGCCAAGUUUGCCCGGCUCCACAGACGCUCGAUUGACCAGAGGAAUAUCAGAGGGAUGAGCUUCAUGGAGAAGAAUAGAGCAAUGGGAAGCAUGGAAGAUUUGGCCUUCUCUCCAGUCAAGGAGGAUGAUGGAGUAAAGAUGGCCAUGCCACCUCCGGUGGCUGCUCCUCCAAAAGCCAAAAAAGGUAAUGGAGCGCACAAUAAAUCAUCUUCAGACCAUUCAAAACACGCUCCAGCUCCUGUUGGAAAGACAGUCGUACCUCCUGCUGGGAUGACUAGGAGAGAAAAACUGAUGAAAUGGAAAGAGGAAAAAGAGAUGAAGAAAAAGCAGAUGGCUAGUAAAGCCAAACCUCAGGUAUUUCGGGUGUCCAAGAAUGUUGCGCACCAAGAUGCUUCCAAUCUGUACCCGUCAUCUACCAAAUCAAAGUCAAAGCCAGCAACAAAACCUAUCAGCAAACAAUCACCGGUUCCUCAACGGACUACAAGGUCAUCAACAAGGAGUGCACCUGUCAAGAAACCUGAUCCUGCCCCAUAUACCAGAAGUAGGAGAGGGCCUCCCCCUCCAACGACCAAAGCCCCAGCCCCAUCCAAGAUGCCAGGCACGAGAUCAGUCACUUCUGAGCGUGCCCCAUCCACCAGGCACUCUGCUCGUUUGGCAUCUAAACCAGCUCCUCCCCAGAACGGUCGCUCUACCAGAGGGGCCAAGGUGCAGGAGAAGACUGCUCCAGUUGGCAAGAAAACUGCUCCAGCAGUAAAGAAAGCAACUUCAGCAGCCAAGAAAGCAGCUCCAGUGGUCGAGAAAGUGGCUCCACUGAAGGAGGAGAAGGAGAAUACAAUUGUUGAGGACACUUCUGCAGAGGUUGAUGUAGAACCUGCACAGAUAGGCUUAUUUGCAAGUAUGCAGGAUGGGGAAUUCUUCUACUGA